GUCGCUCGCCCUCUCUCUAGAAAUCGUAUCGUGUUGUUUUCUGACCCUUUGUCUUUGAGACGAUGAGGAGGCCUGUAAAGAAAACAUCUUCUCCUGAGCAGCCAAAGCUCUGCAUAAACGAGAAUCCGGAGCAGCCUGAAAGUUCCAGAUCCAAAAGAGUUCGAAAAUCGGAACAACUUGGAAGUGGAAAUAAGAUGGUAGAUAUUCAAGGGAAGACUAAAUUUAAGGCUUCUUAUCCCCAACGAAAUAAAGGAGGCGGGAGGAGACAAGCAGGGAUAAAAGCGCGUAACAAUGAUCGAAAGAUUCAGCCGGAGGUUUCGAAAUUGAGACGUCAAUAUGGCGAUCUACAGAAAGCAAAUGAAAAUUUGGUAAAGGAGAACGAGGGACUUAAUUCUGAUGUUACUGCUUUGGAGCAGCUGAUAGAGCAGGUGGAGGGACAAAAAAAUUUUAUG